AUGCUACUUCUGCAGGUGUUGAUCUUGACGAUGUGUUCGCUGCGCCAGAUAUCGGCAAAGGAAUGGGUAGCGUCCAAUAUCUGCUACAUUGACGAUAUGGAGAGAGACUUCUGCUAUAAUCCCGAGUGGCAGACAAUAUCUGAAGAAAGCUACUGGCGCGUGGACGAAGAAGAGAAGGUUAUGUAUUACUACGUACCACAGAAUGUUAUGUAUUGCUACGAAAUGCACGAGCACAGCAGAGGAUUAAAUGGACUUGCUCCUCUGUGGCGUGCAUUGGGCCGACGUCCGUCAGAUUGGCCUGGCAGCUCUUGUUCUACAUUCAACAGUACUCCUACGCUUGAGAUGACAUGCAAAGGGUUACACGUUGCGUCCUUCGUUGCGGGAUUUCUCAUCGCCAGAUUGAGUGUCAAGGAACUGUCGUCUCUGGUAUUCAAUUUCAUUGUCAAACCGUUCUUAGGUCGCAGUCCGGACGCCAGUAUCGGCUUUGGUUAUGAUGAUGAAGAGGGGGGUGAUAUGCGUUCCAUGCGUUUUCCCAUAUCAACUUUAACGGACGGUGAAUUAGUCAGUUUGAUAGCGCUCUAUGAUUUCUGGAAGUUUACGGCCAAUUGUGAGAAACAAGAUUACAGCGUCGAGAUGAGAGUCGAUAUUAUUUCACGCAACGCAGAGACCGUAUGUCUCUCUCGGUAUGGUGAAAGGGAGAACGUAUCUGUUAGUGCAAGAUAG